AUGGAUCGUGCAUGGACACUGGAACGAACAUGGAACGGUGCUGAUUUAUCGAACGGUUGGAGCUGUGAGCUUUGCGAAUACGGUUAUUCUUGUACAAUACAGUGUGUGAAGAAACAAAAUUGCGAUACUUGGACUUUGAGUGUGCAUCCUGAAGAACAUUGUGCCUAUUCACUUCUUGUCGAUGUUGCACUUUCCGUUGGCGCCUUCCAUUUUAAGGUCUUCCGGGACUUAUGGUAUGCAUCGAGUGUUGUUUUGCAAGAAGAAACACGCAGUGGUUCACGAGUUGACGUUACAUUCAGAUUACGCAUCAUCGAAACAUUAUCACCGCAAGAUCUCACCGGACAAACCCCGUACAGAGAUUUCGAAAUACAAUGCCAAGAACGAACAUGGUUUAUUGAUGUUACGUAUUUGGCAUCGCUUGGCGGCACGUUGUUCCCUGGAUGGUGUGAAAUGCGUUCGAAAGGUAUAAAAACAUGUGAAGUGAAUGAUAUGUCCACGUAUGAGCUGGAUUGCCUCAUCGAUGCUACUGCUAAAUACCGGCAAAUUGUUGUUACAAGGUGUCUUUUUCGUUAA